AUGUUGGAGACUAAUGAAAGCUUAGCGUUCAAUGCUAAUAGAUCUGUCUUAUCUUUAACUUCUCCUGCAAAAUUAAAUGUCAUCGCUACUUCAAAAUCUAAUAAUAGUGGAAAAAUCACUAAAAAUUCAUUAAGAAGAACAACUUCUUUGAAUAUUAAAAGUUCAAAUUCUAUCGGUGAUUUAUCAUUUAACAGGCCAAAAUUAAACUUACCUGCUCCACCGUUGAUUAAAAGAAACUCAUCCUUUUUCAAAGAAGAUUCUUUGUCUGCAAAUAAUAAUUUGACUAUGUCCAAUAGUAAUCAGUUUAGCUCUUCUUUACAGUCUUUCUCAAACAAUAAUUUAAAUUCAAUUACAAGUACAUUGCCUACAAAUUCACAGGAUAUAGAUGAUCAACAUGUUUUCCAAACUGAUAGGUUUAUUCCUUUAUUAAGUGGCAACUCACAAAAUAAAAUGGACCCAAUUUCAAUAAGAGAAGAAUUACCACCACCAAAUGCCUCCCCUUCUGCUCAUUUAAAGGCUCAAACUAAAAUCGUAUUCAAACAAACUGUAGCGGAAGCUUGUGGUUUAGACGUAAACCAAAGAAUUUUACAAUAUAUGCCACAACCACCUGUAUCAUCUUUUAUGAGAAAAUCUUUCAGCAUGCAUAAAAGAACAAGUUAUAAUUAUCAACCUAAAAAUUCAAACAACAACCCUGAAUUGAUAAAAUUGAGAAAAAUAAAUGGGAAUCCUGAGAGAAUAUUAGAUGCCCCAGGAUUCUUAGAUGAUUUCUAUUUGAAUUUAUUAAGUUGGUCUUCCAAAAAUAUCUUAGCUAUUGCUCUAAAUAAUGCUUUAUAUUUAUGGAAUGGUGCUUCAGGCGAAGUUUCUAUGCUGGCGGAAUACGAAUCCACCACGAUCUCAAGUGUCACUUGGUCUGACGAUGAUUGCCAUAUUUCAGUGGGUAGAGAUGACGGUAAUACUGAGAUUUGGGACGUAGAGACUAUGUCACUAAUAAGAACUAUGAGAUCUAACUUGGGGGUACGAAUCGGUUCCUUAUCCUGGCUUGAUACAUUGAUUGCAACAGGCUCUCGUAGUGGUGAAAUCCAAAUAAAUGACGUGAGAAUAAAAAACCAUGUAGUGGCUACCUGGGAGGAACAUUCAGGUGAAGUAUGUGGUCUGGCAUAUAAAAAUGAUGGUUUACAAUUAGCAUCUGGUGGCAAUGAUAAUACAGUAGUCAUAUGGGACACAAGAACAUCUAUGCCACAAUUUGUUAAAAGAACACAUAAUGCAGCUGUUAAAGCAUUGAGUUGGUGUCCAUAUAUUCCAAAUCUUCUUGCUACUGGUGGUGGUCAAACUGAUAGACACAUUCAUUUCUGGCAUACUACAACCGGAGCAAAAGUUGGAUCUAUUAAUACAGGUUCACAGGUUUCAUCUUUACAUUGGGGCCAAAGUUAUGGAAAUUCCACAACCACUCCAUCACCUCCACCAACAACAACAUCAUCAUCGUCAACAUCGUCAUCAUCAUCGGGAAUGAGUCGUGAAAUUGUAGCCACUGGUGGUAACCCUGAAAAUGCAAUUUCAGUAUUCAACUAUGAUACAAAAUUCAAAGUAGCAGAAAUUGAACAUGCUCACGAAUCAAGAAUAUGUUGUUCUCAAUUAUCUCCUGAUGGUACAACUAUUGCCACAGUAGGUGGUGAUGAAAACUUAAAAUUUUAUAAGGUAUUUGAACCAAGAAGAAAAUUUCAAAGAAGAACUAAAAACAUCGUCGAUACAGAAGACUUACUUGGAUUAUUCAGUCAUAAUAAUGAUGACGAUGUUCAAUUAUCUACACAAGAAGACAUGUUAAAUGAGAAUUCUAGCAUCAGCAAUCCAACAAACACUAGUUCUACAACAAGAAUCACUUCCAGAAAAACAAGUGACUACCUAAUAAGAUGA